AUAUUAUCCAUACCACCUCAUUCUCCUCCUCCAUUCCAUUACCUUUCUUGGUUCCUUCGUUUUGGACUGGAGUGUCCUCUUGCUCUCUUUCGACGUGGAAAUUCUCCGGAGACAGUGACUUCUGGUGAGGCGUCGAGGAUCUUCACGGUGUGUCAAUGGCAGAGAAAUAUGAGAAGGAGCGUACUCUGGAGUAUACUGCGACAUGGGCGGUCGCCAUCGUCUGUUUCGUGAUACUUGCUAUUUCCAUCUUGUUGGAACAUGCCAUUCAUCUCUUUGAAAAGUUCUUAAAGAGAAAGAGGAGGGUAGCUCUUGUUGAAGCAUUAGAGAAGGUUAAAUCAGAGCUUAUGCUGCUGGGGUUCAUAUCAUUGCUUCUGACAGUGCUUCAAGGUCCAAUAUCGAACAUAUGCGUCCCCAGGAGAAUCGCGAGCUCCUGGCUUCCUUGUAAGGAGGGGCUCGAGGCUAAAAAGUCCGGCCGUAGACUCCUGGAGUUCUCGGAGUUCGGUGGGGUUAUCCGCCGGAGUCUGGCCACGAAAGGGUACGAUAAUUGCACUGGAAAGGGAGAGUAUGCCUUUGUCACGGCGUACGGUAUUCAUCAGCUCCAUAUAUUCAUCUUUGUGUUAGCCAUCUUCCAUGUUCUGUACUGCCUCACCACUUUGGCUCUGGGCAACAUCAAGAUGAGACGAUGGGAAGCAUGGGAAAAAGAGACGAAGACACAUGAAUACAAGUACUUCAAUGAUCCAGAGAGGUUUAGGUAUACAAGAGAGACAUCAUUCGGUCAAAGGCAUUUGAGCUUUUGGAGCAGAUGGAAAAUAUCUGUCUGGAUAGUGUGCUUUUUCAGACAGUUCUUUGGAUCAGUCACGAAGGUUGAUUAUUUGACACUAAGACAUGGAUUUAUCAAGGCACAUUUGCCACCUGGAAGUGAGACAAAAUUCGACUUCCAGGAUUACAUCCAAAGAUCACUUGAGGAUGAUUUUAAAGUAGUCGUUGGAAUAAGCCCGAUUAUCUGGUUCUCUGCAGUGCUGUUCCUUCUGACCAAUUCGCAUGGAUGGCGUUCUUAUAUAUGGUUGCCGUUUAUUACUCUGUUUAUAGUACUCCUGGUGGGGACAAAACUGCAAGUUAUAAUCACGAAACUGGGACUGCGCAUUCAAGAGAGGGGAAAUAUAGUCAAGGGCAUUCCUGUGGUUCAACCCGGUGAUGAGCUUUUCUGGUUUGGACGCCCACGUCUCCUCCUUUUAUUGAUUCAUUUCGUCCUUUUCCAGAAUGCUUUUCAACUAGCCUUUUUCGCUUGGGGCACGUAUUCAUUUGGGUUGAAGAACUGCUUCCAUGAACGCACUGCAGAUAUCAUCUUCAGAGUUUCAAUGGGGGUCUUUAUCCAGGUCCUCUGCAGCUAUGUGACCUUGCCUCUCUAUGCUUUGGUGACACAGAUGGGAUCGACCAUGAAGCCCACCAUCUUCAAUGAUCAUGUCGCAACGGCUAUCAAGCACUGGCAUACCACUGCGAAGAAACACACCAAACAAAGCCACCACUCCAAUGCCGACCCGCCGUUCUCCAGCCGGCCAGCAACACCAGCUCAUCUCCUGCAAACCUACAACCACAGAAGUGAAGAGAGCCUUCAUGAGAUCGAAAGUGACCGUUGGCCUCAGUUAGAGAUGACCAAUGAGUCUUCUCAUGACCAUGGAUUAGCCGACGACUCGGAGAUUGCUAGGCAUUCUGAUGUUGUGGAGGGAGGGCAGCCGGACUUGCCAAACCAGCCAUCAAUGCCGCCUCAAGCGACUGCUCCCCACGCACGGUGACAUCAUUUAGUUGGUAAAUAAAUCCACCAACAAUAAAGGCUGUUUUACAGCGGUUACGGAGCAUCGAAGCUCGAAAGAGCUGGAGGAGUUGCAGAAGUUUAUUUAUUUUUCUAUAGUUUUCACAAUUCUUUAGUUUCUGAAUUGUAAAGCUUCAAAGAAUUCUUGUUCAUCGUCCCUUAACUUCCUCUAUUUUCAAAAAGGUGUCCGGAUAAAUUUUUACUUUUC